CAGCACAAUUGCACCUAAGAGAAAAUCAUUGAUAAUGGCUUCUACGAGUAUUUGUUUAGCACUUGUUUCUAUCUUCAUUGCAACCCUAUUGUGGUUGUUCCGUUACCGGAGGGCUAUAGCGUCGUCGAAAAGUCGCCGGAAACUUCCACCGGGGCCACGUGGGAUUCCCAUCAUCGGAAACCUCCACAUGCUAGGCACCCUCCCGCACCGGUCCCUAAACGAGCUAUCCAAAAAAUACGGCCCCAUAAUGUUCUUGAAGCUGGGUAACGUCCCAACGGUGGUGAUCUCCUCGCCCUCCGCCGCCGAGCUCAUCCUGAAAACCCACGACGCCGUCUUUGCCAGUCGGCCGAAGAGCGACGUUGUGGACAACACCACCAACGGCUCUAAGGGCAUUGGGUUCGCACCGUACGGUCCUCUGUGGCGCGACAACAAGAAAUUCGUAACCCAAGAGCUUCUCACGGCGGCGAAGAUCGAGUCCUUUGCGGCGAUGCGAAAGGCGGAGAUUGAGGCAUUGGUGAAGUCAAUAAGGGCGGCCGCGGAGGGCCGGGAGGCGGUGGAUCUUACUAGUGAGGUGGGGAAGUUGAUUGAGAACGUUACGUACAAAAUGCUGUUUGGGUGUAGUGAUAACAGUGAUAGGCGACAUGAUGACUUCAAGUGUAUCGUUGAAGAGAUCGUGUCUUUGGAGGGAGCUUUCAAUAUUGUAGACUACAUUCCCAUUCUAAAGCCCUUUGAUAUGCAGGGGUUAAACAAGAGAAUUAAAGCAGUUGGAAAAUCUAUUGACAAGUUAUUUGCAGAAAUUAUCAAGGAACAUGAAGAAGAUACAAAAAAAGGCAUCCCAAAAAGCAAUAAGAACAUUGUAGAUAUAAUGCUAUCAUCUCACAAACUCGACUUGGUAAGCAUUAAACCACUUCUCUUGGACAUGAUAGUAGGAUCUGUGGAUACCUCAUGGACAUGGAUCGUGUGGACUUUAGCAGAAAUCAUGAGGCAUCCCAGAGUGAUGAAACGUCUCCAACAAGAGUUGGAGACUAAAGUGGGACUGAAUCGAAUGGUGGAGGAGAAAGACUUGCCCAACUUGGAGUACUUAGAGAUGGUGAUCAAGGAAAGCUUCAGGCUCCAUCCAGUCGCAACGCUACUCCUUCCUCGAGAGUCGAUGGAGGAUAUCGAAUUAGACGGCCACUUCAUACCCAAAAAAACACGGGUUUUAAUAAACUGUUGGGCGAUUGGGCACGACCCUGACUUUUGGUCCGACAAUAAUAAUGUGGAGGAGUUUGUUCCGGAGAGAUUUAUGAACAAGAACAUAGAUCUUCGAGGACAUGAUUUUCACCUACUUCCAUUUGGAUAUGGGAGGAGGGCAUGCCCAGGAGUGAAUUUGGGGUUGAUUAUCGUUAAAUUGAUUGUUGGUCAGUUGAUUCAUUGCUUUAAUUGGGAGCUGCCAAAUGAAAUGUCACAUAGUGAGUUGAACAUGUCUGAGAAAUAUGGUUUGGCAUCUCCGAAAGCCGACCACUUGGUUGUUGUUCCCUCUCAUCGCUUGUUUUCUCAAUUAGCUUAAGUAUAUAUAUUCUCAAGACAUAUAUACAAUAAGUAAUUUGGUUUCUCAUAAUUAUA